UCUGUUGGCAAAGAGCGGAGCGGUGUCGAAAAGAAAUAAUAAUUUUCAAUUUUUUGUGAAAUUUAGUGAAAAUUAAAAAUAUAAAAUUGAAAACAAAACGCGUCGUUGCGGAGUGCGGAAAUUGUUUGCGUUUCUGCUUGUGUCUGUAUGUGUGUGUGUGUGUGCGGGGGUGCUGAUCACAAAUUUAAAAAAAAAACGAAAGGUGAAAGCUUAAGAGCACAUAAAUUGCAGAAAAAAAGUGCAAAUCAAAAUAAAAAAAUUGAUGCGAUAAACAAAAAAGGAAGACAAAGCGUUUCAACAACUUGAAAUUAUAUUGUCUGCAGCGUUUGUGACAAACGAUGGCCUAAAAUGGCGGCCACACCACCAAUGCCGCCUGGAGCAACCGCAAACAGUAAUCAAUUGAAUGGCGAUUUAAACGGAGCAGCGUCCCACGAUAAUCAAGAUACCAAUAAGCCACAAACCGUUGCCGAGGCACUGAAUCAACAUUUUAUACAAAGGCGCAAGCUCUCCAAAUGCAGUCUUAGUCGUUCGUGUAGCAAUGAGCAACUGUUGCAAGAGACUGAGAGUCAACAGGUGCUGCCGGCAAAGACUAAGCCAAACUGCCAAUGCACCAAUAUUAGUAUUAUGCAUCUGUUCCAUGAGAUGAAGCAAGAGUUUCCAACGAUACCCGAUACCAUAGUGACGCAAUGCGUCAAUGAGAAUUGCCAUCAGCGUGAAAAUUGUAUACAAAUGUUGAGAAAAGAAUUGGCCCUGCAUCCCAUACCAGUGCAGAGCUAUCCAGCUAAGGUGUUGCAGCAACAGCAGCAAAGGCAAGCGACAAAGCCACCGACCCCAUUAAAACCCAUAAGGGUUGCUCCAACACAGCCGCCAACGCCACAGCCAACAACGACGACGACGACGACGCCGACGCCGACUACGACGACACCGCCGUCCAGCAAUGGCCAGCAACCGAGGGCCAGACCCACAACACUUAAUCUUCAACGUCAGUUGAAUACGCAAUUGCAACAGAAGAUUCACCAACGUCAGCAGCAGCAACAACCACAACAACGAAGAGACUUGACGCCAACCUCGUUGAAUAAGCCACUAAGGCGAGCACCACCCCUGCCGCCACAGCAACAACAACAGCCACCCCCAUUGGCGCCUAAACCCAGCAGUUUUUCCAAUGAUUCCUCUUGCCUCACCAGUCCCAUGAGCUCCAGCGAGUCUGAAAUUUCACUCAAUGCCUUAUCAUCGCCUACAGCGCCAGCAGCAGCAGCGUCGUCGCCGUCAGCAGCAGCAGCAGCAACGCCGCUACAAGCCUCUCCAGUACGCCAUCGUUCAGUUAUUACGCUACAGCCAGAGCCGCCGUAUGCACGCGAUUUUUUAACACCACCGUCACCCACUUCCGUCAAUCCAACAACGACUGCCGGCCGUAAAAGUUUCACCUCGCUCAAUCUCACUCUACGUCAGCCAACAACGACGGGCGUUGCUCAAUCGGCAAUUGAUAUUACCGCCGGUCCAGCGCCUAGUGGUCAGGGCAGUGGGAUUACCUAUUCAAGUUCCAGUUUUGAUGCAGUUCGUGGAACCCAUAAAAAUUUCCAGUUAACUGUCACCGACGAGGGUAGUGUCUUUAGUGCGGGUUGCAUAGGACCACGGCAACAGCAGCAAGCAACGCAAGUCUAUCCAUCGAGUCUCGAUGCCGAUGGGUCGACAGCAGCAGCAGCAGCAAUAGCCAUGCCUGAAGUAUUCCCCUAUCCCACCCAGGCUGCGAAUCAUAUAGUGGCCUCUAAUUAUAAUAACAACAAUAAUAACGAUCAUGGCAGCAGCAGCACCGACAGCAGUCCCAGUGUGGCUCUCUACAAUGGCAUAGUCCUGGAUGAAGCUGAUCGAGAAGCUCAUGCUGCCACCAUUGUACGUCAGAAGCAUCGGCGUGAUAAACUGGCCAAUGCCUUGAGAGAUAACAAAAAACGUUUACUAGUGCUGGAGCAGGAGAUCAAUAUAUUGACCGAACCUGUGCCGGUUGGGGAAUCUGAAAGACUGGAUAGAGAUAUCAAGAAAUUGACUGAGGACUGUCAGCGGCUGAUAAAUGUGUUAAAUGAUCCGCAAAUGAAUGCCACUGGUCCUGAGCCAAAUUCCAUGCAUCGUCAGCAAUCAGCACCAGCUGGGAGUAUAUCACAGCACCAGCAACAGCCACAGCCAUUCCCACGUCAGCGUCCAAGUGUUAACCGCUUACAGAACCCGCCCAAUUCGUUGAGGUUCAAUUCAGUGCCGGCACCGACGGUGCCAACUUUGGACUUUGUACAGCAACACAGCAGUGCUCCAACAUCGGCCUGUUUGACGCCACAGCAACCACAGCUACCGCAGCAUCCUCAAUUGCCAAUGGAGCCACCGCCCACCUAUGCACAGUACUAUCAGUUCCAGCAAUUUCUGCAACAUCAGCGUCAACAACAGAUCCAGCAACAGCAGCAGCAGCAACUUCAGCUCCAGCAGCUCCAGCAGCAACAGCAGCAGCAGCUCCAAUCCCCACAACAGCAGCAACAAGCCUCCAACUAUGAUGAUGACUUCUCGGAAUCCGAUGUGGAUGAGGAUGAAGAACCAUUGGAUAUGUGGGCCUGCAAUUUGUGUACAUUCCGCAAUCAUCCGCAGUUGAAUAUGUGUGAAGCCUGUGAAAAUGUCAGGAUCCAGCCGGGUAUGAUACGCAUAGUUCCCAGCAAUGGUGGUGCUCCACCUCCACCAUCGCAAGGCGAUCAGCCGCAGUCGCAGCAGCAGCAGCCGCAACCGCCACAGCAGCCAUAUGCUUUGCACACAUAACCCAACCCAAAGUUCUCGCUCUCCCUAACACGCAUGGGCUUCUUGGGGGCUUGGCUUGCUGCAUUUCGUUCUCAUUAUUCUUCUGUUUCUUCUUGUUCUACUGCAUGUGUGUUUGUAUGUGUGUCUGGUUGGGUCAACUUUGAAUCUGUGAUAGCCUGUACCCUAAGCUAAGCCAAUUAUUUAUGCAAUUUCUGAAAGACAUGUCCAACAUUUUGUUUUCUAUCCUUUCUCUAUUUACAAUUAAUUUUCCAAAAACUUGAAAAAAAACAAAAACAAAAAAAUACAUACAUAUUUAAUAUUUAUGAUUUAUGUAAAAUGCCUCAUUUUAUUAUUAUUAUUUUUUUUUUCUCUGUCCUUUAACCUUAAACAUUAAGUGAAUGAAACAACAAAACAAACAAACAAACGAAAAGAAAAUAAUAUAUAAAAAAUUUAUUAUUUUUAGCCGCAUUGAUAAAUAAAGAAACAAGUUAUUUAAAUA